AUGAUUAAAAUUUUUAUCUUCGCUACUCUUAUCUAUGUGGCCGUUGCUUCGGGUCGUGAUAUGCGUUCGAUGCGAAAAUUCCCGUCGAAUCCAAUGAUGCGCCGUGGUCCAACAGUCGCUGUUGAAGAUUGGUCAUCAACAUUAUGUGAUAAUGGAACUUUAGCUGCAGCAUUUCUGAGUGAAACUCAAAAAAUGAUAACUUCUCUUGAAGCAAAUCCAGCAUAUAAUAACGUUCUUCAGGAUCAUGCUCAAACAAUCGCAUGUCUUAAAAGUGCUACUAAUGCAAAUAUUCUUUCAACAAAUUGUAGUGAAUAUUUUCAACUUUUUCAAAAUGCUCAAAAUCUUGAUCAAAUAGCUCAACAACAACAACUCGCAUAUGAAAACAAUAUCGAUAAUCUUUUCAGAAAAGUUCUUAAUGCAGUUGCUGGCGUUCGUGUUUCUGCUAAUGUUAAUUUUUAA